CAUGCUGCGCGUUUCCGCCUGCGAAGCGUAGUAGCUAGUAAUCGCUAGUAGCCAGUAUCGCGAGAUCGACGUUCGCGGGUGCCUCGCAGCCGAGAUGGAGCCAGGGACGCUGGCGAGGGUGUUGCACGACUUCCUCACCACCGUCGACGGGGAGCUGAGCCUCUCCAAAGGACACUAUUUCCUGGUAUUUGCCAUACAUGAGAUUUUAGACAAGCAUUGGUGUCUUGGUCAGUCUCAAGACAGAGUCGGGAAAUUUCCCUUGAGCCAUUUGCAUAAAGUGGAACUCCCUCAGUUUAAUGAAACAGAAAGAAUAUUUGUCGCUAUAGCUGCUUUUCCUGGCCAGGAAGCUGGAGAUUUGUCCUUCGCACAAGGGGAUCUUAUUAUUGGAACGAGGGAUAUAGGUUCAGGAUGGUGCACGGGCAGAACAAGCUCUAAAAGUGGUAUUUUUCCAACAACACAUACAUGGGAACUAGAUACAGCAUUGAUAAAGACAACAAUAAAAAAAAAGUCAAUAAGAAAAAGAGCAAAGGUUAAAACAACACUGAAAGCGCAACUCGAUGAAGAAUUGGAUCUGAGUGCAGGAGAAGUUGUCACUGUUAUAGAAAUUUUAGACGAUGGCUGGUGUCGUGGAAUUACGGAAGAUGGUAGGGAAGGCAUAUUUCCAGAAGGAUUUAUAUCAUACAUAGAUACAGAUCAAGACACAGUUGAUCAGGGGGAAAUCUCAUGCGCAACACAGAAUAAUACAUCUUUUUCGACAUCUCGCAAUAGCACCAUUUAUAAGGAUUUUGGUGAAACUGCUAUCAUAAAUUCUUAUAUGAAUGUACCUGAUGAGCCUGCUCCAAGUUAUUUUGAUUUAUUCCCAGAUGCCUUAUCAACGAUCAACGAUGAAAAAGACAUACAGUGCAAUACUAAUGCGAAUUUUACCGAUAUUAAACCAUAUGCCAUAACUUUAUAUCCAUUUAAUGCACAGUUUCCAAAUGAAUUGAGUUUUGGAGUAGGUGAAGUAGUGCAUCUCACCAGACACAUUGAUUCUGAAUGGAUAGAAGGUAUGAUUGAUACUACUAAAGGCAUUUUUCCAUCGUCUUAUGUCAAUAUUAUAGUUGAUUGUGCGGAAAUCAAGCAGAAUCAAGUUCAGUCUGAAGUUAUGCCUGCGAAGAAAGAUGCUCUGGAACCAGGCGUUACUGUAAGAGUACUGUUUACCUUUGACGCGCAGAUGGACGGUGAUUUAAGUGUUCACGAGGAUGAAAUUGUCACCGUGGUAGAAAUGGCUAAUGAGGAUUGGGUAAAUGUGAAAAACAAAAAUGGCUUAAUUGGCUUAUGCCCACGAGAAUAUUUAAGUUCAAUAUCCGAACAUUCCUCAGAUAAUCUACAAGAAUCAAACUUGGAAGAAUUUGAAGAUUUUGUCUUAAUUAGACAUAAGGAGGCGAACGAUGUUGUAAGUGAGGAGCAAAAGCCAAAGAGAAUGUCGCAACCGCACAGACCAGCACCGCCAGCUCCGGCUCCAGGUAGAGUGCCAUUACAGAAGGAAACUGUUGCGAGUGUACAAGUGUCUGCUCAAGAAAAUAAAUCUACAACUAGUAAUACGAUUGAUAUAAGGCAAAAACAUGCGGAUCAACGACAAAACGUUAUAUCGGAAUUAGUUAUAACAGAAAAGGAAUAUGUUCGCGACUUAAAGUUAACGUAUGAAACGUUUAACUUGCACGAUCCGAGUUUUCUUGGAUUGAAAGGGAUUGAUGUCGUUACGUUGUUUGGGAAUAUUUUGGAAGUUAUUCACAUUGCCGAGGAGUUGUUGGAUAUGAUUUUAAGAGCGAUGAAAGAUUGUGAUGAAAGCUUGCAAACAAUUGGACCUUGUUUUGUGAAGAUGUCCGAGAAGUUAAAAAAUGUUUAUGUUAAAUAUUGUGGAAAUCAUGAAGCGGCACUAGCUUUGUUAAAAAAGUAUGAAAAUAAUGAAGAGAUCAUGAAAGUAUUUAACAAGGGUAUUGAAACAUUACGUCGUCAAGUUGCUUGCUUUGAUAUGAGCUCUAUUCUCAUAAAACCAGUUCAAAGAAUUCUGAAGUAUCCACUAAUGUUGUAUGAAUUAAUAAAGUGUACAGAAGACAAUCAUCCAGAUAAAGCAGCUAUAGAAGAAGCAUGGAAAGCUAUGACAAAUGUAGCCAGUUAUAUCAAUGAGUAUAAACGCAGGAGAGAUAUUGUAUCAAAAUAUUUAGAAAAUGAUAAUACUUUAAUUAGCAAAAUGUCGAAAUUAAAUAUGCACUCUGUAGCGAAAAUGUCUACGAGGCUAAGCACAAGAUUAUCGGCGAGUCUGGGACUGACAAAUAUCGCGAGUGACACCGAGUUUGAGGAACUUGAAAAGCAGUUUCGCUCCAUAGAAAAAUGUACAUGGCAAUUAGCUAAAGAUAUUGAGCAAUGUACCGCGCAUUUGAGCGACGAAGCUAUAUCCGGUGAAGUAGUAGCCGAAUUUUUAGUACAUUAUUACCAGGAAAGUCCGACUGCCGAGGUGAAAAAGCUACAAAACAUAAGAUCCAUAAUUUGGACUCAAUAUGUGCAAGACUUUAAAUCCUGUAUUGAAAAGAGAGUCAAUGCACCACUGCAUUCCUUAACCACGUUAUUAGAAGGUCCAGCAAUGUUGGUAGCGAAGAGGCACGAUAAGUUAUUGGAUUACGACGCUGCUAUUUCUAAGAGUGAGAAAUAUAAAGAAUCAAAAAUUAUACAAGAGGAAUUAUUUACCGCUAAGAGUAAUUACGAAGCAUUGAAUCAACAAUUGCUCGAAGAAUUACCCAUAUUAUUAGAUGCGGUGACAAACAUUUUAGUUAAUUGCAUAAGUACUUUCGCGAGCGCUCGAAAGUUAUUAAGUGGAAGAAUUACUAAGCAAUAUCUGACCCUUUGCGAGACAUCGCCGAACUUAUCGUCACAAGACGUACUGGAAUCAUUUCUUGUGAAUCACAGUUUAAUAUGGAAUCAAAUAAUGCGUUUCGCAUUUGCUGGCACGAAUCCUCGAAUAGAUGAGAUACAAUCACAAGUUUGUGAGCAGACGGAACAGCAGAGAUUCCUGCUUAGAGAGAAAUAUACGGUGGACAAAUUGUACGUGGUGAUCGAGGACAUCGCCAGUAGUUCCACUCUCGAUAUAAGUGCAGCGAGAGGUACAUUAAUCGCAGUUAUAAAGAAACAAGAUCCAAUGGGAAACACAGCGAGAUGGUAUGUUGACACUGGAGUCACUCAAGGAUUUUUGCCCUCUCAAAAAUUGAGAUCAGUUCAACGGCAAAAUCAGCAACACGAUCAAACUACGACGGAUAUCGCUGCUGGGAGGAACAGCUCGAGUCCUCCAAAUUUGAUGUCGCUAGAUUCUCCAGAGAAGGAGAUCAAGGCAUCUGAAUCUCAUCUGCAAGAUUUGCUCUUAUUAGAAGAAUCGAAAAUAAAUCGUCAUUACGGCAACGUGCCAGAAACGCCGAGAGUUCAAGUUUAUCAGAAUAUAUAUAGCGAAUUUUACUACGCGAUGUAUGAUUUUGCUGGAAAUAUGCCGGGUACAUUGCCUAUUACUAACGGCCAAGCCCUUCGGCUCCUUAGACCUCAUGACGAGAAAGGAAACGAUGAAUGGUGGCUCGUAGAGAAUCGCGACGGUAAGCAAGGUUACGUCCCGCGGAAUUAUUUAAGUUCGACAAAUCAAAUUAAAUCAAAGUCAUAAUGGUGAAAUAAAAUCAAAUUAGGGCACAUUUUAUAUUUAUCAUAUUAUAGUUUAUUUCAUUGUAAAAUCAUGAUAAUUAAUCUAAUUAAGAAAUCAAUCAUCGAUUAUAUACUGAUCUGUUAUUAUUAUUUUUAUAUCUGUUAUUAUUUCAAGGGAUUUUAU